AUGACGACCUCAGACGCCGAAGAUGCCUCUCCCUCGCCCGAGUACCGGAGUGAUUUGGACGACGACAUGGCUGCCGAACAGAAUGCCGACCGCCAGCCAGGCGACACUUCGCCCACGCAGAAGCCUGCAAACAGCAAGCCCAAUGCCAAAGAUCCCCUGCGCCCGCGCCGCAAGAAGGCUCGGAGAGCAUGUUUUGCCUGCCAGCGAGCCCAUCUGACAUGUGGCGACGAAAGACCUUGCAACCGCUGCAUCAAGAGAGGUCUCCAGGACCACUGCAUGGACGGCGUGCGCAAGAAAGCAAAGUAUCUACACGAUGCGCCAGACGGCGCUCUCAUGCCUGGAGUAGGCGGUCACUACCCGUACAUGAAUGGAAAUCGGCCAACUCCGCUACCAAGUCAGGACACGCAAACCGUCGCUGUCUCGCCGCAAAGCAACAUGUAUGCUCAGGCACAGCCCGGCACAUUCUAUCCACCCAACUCGAUACCAGCCCAACUGCCGGUCACGCAAGAUGCUCGAGGCUUCAGCAACCAACAGUCGCCAAUCUCCCCGCCUUUUACCCAGCCGCACCAGGCCGCGGCACAAAACGACCCAAGCACGUUACCUCAGAGUCAGCAAGGUCAGAUGCAGCAGUUUGGACCCUUGUUUGACCCAAGCGAUCCGGCCCUCUUCAACUUUGACAUCUCUAGUCUCAAUUUUGGGAACCACUAUGGCGCAUUAGAGUUUGGCAUGCUUGGCCACAUGUCAUCAGGUGCGGUAGAAACCCCGCACGACAACGGCAUGUUGAAUACCAUCAAUGGUCCUGUCAACAUGUACAACCAACCGCUGCCCUCCGGCUACGCUGACCGAAACAACACGGCAGCCGCGAUGGCGUUCGGCCCGAACAACUUGGCGUCGGGCGAAUGGCAGGACUCGCAGUCGCGGCAGGGCAGUAUGCAUGUGCAGACGCCAAAUAAUGCUUCGGUCGGUGCCAAUCAGGAUCACCACGGUCAUCGAAUUGACAGCCUUGCCGGGCCUCAUGCAUUUGCUAUUGGCCAAGGACCCUCCACCCAUGCAUCGGCUAGUCCGGCGUCGACGGACGCAUCCAACAACUUUGAGGGUGACAACCCGCUGGCAUCUGCCGCAUUUUUUGCCAACGCCCAUCGGCCCCAUGCACAACGCUCGCCGUUGAUCAACCGACCACAAAAAGAAAACAAGCACCCGAACAGUGCGCUACAAUCAUUGCAUGCCAAUGGCAUUCGCAAGCGCCAGCGCGAUACCAAGAGCAUCUACCAAGGCAUCACCAAGCCCUAUGACUAUGUCAAGGGCUAUCAUAGGCUGUAUCAAUUGAUCGACAAGAAGUACUCGAGACCAUGGGUUGCAAAAGCUCAGCAAUACUUGCAAAAUUACCGGCCAGUGCUUCUGCAGGUUCGCGAAGAGCUCAACAGAGAUGACUUGAUCCACCAAGAAAUGGGUCUUCAGCGACAUCUGAUGACUCUGCAAGAGCACUUUGCAGAAGUCGGCACCCCGUUCCUCAUCUGCCGGCGCUCGGGGGAGAUUGUUGGUAUAAACAAGGAGUUUACUAUACUUACUGGAUGGAAGCGUGAAGUGCUUCUAGGCCACGAGCCAAAUCUCAAUGUCAACACUGGCGCCAACCGCGAUGUGGGUGAAAGCGACCCGUCGACGCAGAAUACAACACCCAACAUAGCCGCCCAAGACAAUGAGGUGGCCACACCUAGCGUUAAUAUCAUUGAGCUCAUGGAUGCCCGAUCGGCGCUCGAAUUCCUGCAGCACUUUUCCGAGCUCUGCUACCAGGACCCUCGUGGCUACGCAUCCCAGCGCGUAAACAUGCUCCGGUACCAGACCAAGGCGGACGUGGACCGCCUGCAGGAAAUGAAGAAUUCAAAUGUAGGCGACGCAAAAGUUGAUCCGCUCGUCAAGAUGGAAGGCGGUGCUGUGCAUCAGGGCGAGAGCGCCAUGCAGCGACUCGGCGCCAAGAACGGCAUGGUAGACUGCAUGAUUUGGUGGCAUAUCAAGCGCGACAUUUUUGAUAUGCCGGUGCUCGUAUGUAUGAGUGUAAUGCCUGUUUUGGACAAGGGCCUGCAAUGA